CCAACUUCUCAUUGUUUUACUCCAUUUGCUCUGUCGCUGAAUAUUUGAUUUGGAUGCGGGAAUGAUCGGCUUCCUUUCUCCAACAAAGGUAAAUUUAUUGGAACGUAGCUUUGAGGAGGAGAACAAGUUGGAGCCGGAGCGAAAGAGCGAACUGGCUCGAAAGCUAGGCAUGCAACCGAGGCAAGUUGUAGUGUGGUUCCAGAACCAGCGUGCAAGGUGGAAGAACAAGCAACUUGAGCAGGAUUUUGAUCGGCUCAAGUCCUCAUAUGAGUCACUCCUUGCUGAUCAUGCUGCCCUCUUCAAGGACAACGAGGGAUUGCGGUUGGAGGUGAAAUAUUCUGGGGUGAUGAAGACUCUUCGAAUCUUCAUUUCCUUCUGAAACUCAUAGUUUUAAGCAUCUUACAUUUCCAUUAACUUCCAUAAAUGGUUAACGCUAAAAGGUAUGUUUGCUCUUCUUAUUUUGUUAAGAAUGAUCAGAAUGCU